AUAAAAUAUUGUAAAUUCAAAUGUAUUUCGUCAAAAUGCGUUUAUUGUAGAUAUUGUCAGAGUUUUGUUGCUAGCAUACAUUUUGACAUUUCGAUUCAUACAUUGUCGCGCGAGUUGAGAUAUAUGGUUUUAUAUUUUUGGCGGUUUAAUACAAAUCUUAUGAGAAAUAUCUUGAAAUUUUGACCUUUUAAAUGCUAAGAUGAGUUCAUACAUUAAAUUGUUUGAAGAUUUCCUGCAGCAAAAAGAGAACGACGUAAAAAGCCGCGCUGGAUCACAGGAAGAAGAAAUCGAAGAAAAUCCUACAGAAAACAUGCAACCAGUGCCAUCAUCAGCUCCUUGCGUUGAAGCAAAAAUGGAACACAGUUAUACGCGUGAUGCAGCGCGUACCAUACCUGAGUUGACAACUGGUUUAUCAGCGGCGCGUACCAUACUUGUACGUCGGCCACCACAGUGUCCUUCCUGCCAUACGCAUCCAUUAGAUGAACAUGAUUUUAACGAUGGAAGUCAAGUGGAAGUUCCUGGUUUUCAUGAAAUUCCCGCUAAAGAAGCUAUGAAUGAAUGUGCUCGGGUUGCAAGCUACGUUCAAAACAAUAAUAAAGAUGAUGAGGAUUGGGAACCAUAUGUUAAUCAAACCGGUUGGACCUUCACACAGAAGACACUUUUUAAAAGAGUUGCAUUAAUACUAGAUAAUGAUCAACUCGGUCGACUUGCGAAUGCUAAUAUACCAAAUGAACCGAUGCAAAGACGAGUAUUAAUUGAUAAAUCAUCAAGUAGUAUGCGAAAACUUCUUGCAUCAAUUUCGUGGGAAGCACGUUUGAUUCAAUGGUUGCAUGCAGUUUUAAUGGAACAUUUGCCAACUUCAUAUAUGGCUUCUUAUUUAGAUAUAUUACAAACACUGCAUCAGAAAUUGCCCACAUUAGUGGACAAAAUGAUAUUUGGUCGCCCCAUAAGUAUGGCUAAAGAGCUUAUGGCACCUGUUCUGAAGAAGAAAUGGGAACCAAUGGUUAUAAAUAUUGAACGUAAACUAAAUCAUAAUGCUGUAAUAGUGACAGUACCAACAAUAACUAGUAAUGGAGUUGUGCCAAAACGUAUACAAAAAUGGUAUGACUAUUUGGGAACUAUUGCAGAAAUCGUACAUAUAACACUACCAGUUAUGAAUGAUAUUAUUAAACGUGAUCCUUUGGAGCAGCUUGCUGAAAAAGUAGUGUCAUUAACACGGGUCAAAAUACAAGAUCUACGUAGUGAUAAUUCCGCUCGUAGCAUUAUAUUAAUAGGUUUUAAUGCUGGUUCAGCUCUUGCCUUGCAGGUAGCAAUGUCUGAGAAUAUUGCAUGUGUUAUAUGUAUGGGCUUUGCCUUUCAUACAUUGAAUGGUGUACGCGGUAUGCCUGAUGAUCGCAUUUUAGAUAUAAAAGUUCCAAUACUUUUUGUAAUUGGACAAAAUUCCGCCAAAACAAGCACUGAGGAGAUGGAACAUUUACGUGAAAAAUUGCAAUCUGAAUCUGCUGUAGUAGUCGUUGGUAGUGCUGAUGAUUCAUUGCGUGUGCCUAAAAUACGUCGUAAAAUUGAAAAUGUUACACAAGCUACAGUAGACUCAAUGAUUGUAAAAGAAAUGUACGAUUUUGUUAAUAAAACUUUAAAUAAUCGUCCUGGUCCACGUCAACCAACACCAAUUGGUAUUGCCACUACGUUAAAGGGAAAAGUUUCAAAUGGAGAGAAUUCUGGUACAAAAGUAAAUACAGGACAACGUAAGCGAAAAGCAGAACCAAUUGAUGACGAUGAAAAAUUAGCGCAAUUAAAAACAAAAUAUGGCGUUAAAUCAUUAAAACGUUCAAGAAAAACAAGACUAGCCAAAUCAAGAAUAGAUAAAUCAACAACAGAUCCUAUGCUCCCGAAGCGUAGGGGACGACCACGUACGAAAGCUUUGAAUCCUGGGCAAAAAGUUAAUAAAUCUGUAUCAGCUUCCAAGUUACAAGCACAGCAAACACAACAGGCAAGCAGCCAAGCUUCACCGAAUUCAACCAUAAAUGAUGAUUUGAGCGCAGCUAUGCAAACAAUUCUAUCUGAAACAAAUGAUGGUGAUUUUGUUACGAAUACUAACAAUACAACUGGACCGAAAGCUAUGACCUCCUUUGAUAUUGUUGCCCAACCUAAAUCAGGAACUGGUGGCAAUCCACAA